AUGUCUCCUACAUCAUUCAAGUACUCUCCAUUACAACUACAACAACAGCAACAACAACAACAAAGGGAUGAGACAAUGCAUGAGCCAAUCCCAUUCGAAUAUGAACAAUGCUUACCAACAACAUCAAGUAACACAAUGAUGGACAACAACAUGGUCAACGAGAAAAUCAAUGUCAAUGGCAAUGGCAAUCAUAAUGAAAAUAUCAAUACUGGUGACAACAACAAUAACAAUGUACAUACAAUGACUCAUUCGAUUGAUGAUGAAGACUCUGACACUGAUGAGAUAUCUGGAGGUCAGCUGAUUGACAAUCACACGAUAAAGACACAUCUGCACCGAUCAAACUACUCCAACAACAACAACAACAACAACAAGAUUAUCAAGUCCAAACAUAUCAGGUUACUGAAACAAAACAACAAAGAACUGUUGUUGAACAAUAUAUAUCAUCAUCAUCAUCACCUUCAUCAUCGUAAUAUUACACAACAUGGUAUAUUCAAGGAAUCAAACAACAACUCAUCAGUUGUAGUGCCACCACUGGUGGACAAAGAACCAAUGUUCAGCUAUCUGCCCGAAGUGCUCGACAGAUACCUACACUUCUUUGUCCGUCUAUUCAUCGUAUCAAUGAUCUUUAUCGUCAUCAUAUACUUCUUCAAUGCCAUUGCCAAUGACGUCCAACUAAAAUAUCAACUACAUGCUGCACAACUCCAGAAGGAGAUAGAGGCAUGCUCCAAGAACUACUUUGAUAAUAAGUGUUUGCCAGAGACACGACUUCCAGCCAUGGUAGACAUGUGUGCACAAUGGGAGAUAUGUAUGAACAAGGAUCCAUCCUCGUUGCCAAAGUCCAAGUUGUUCGCAGAGUUGGUCUCCGAAGUGUUGGACUCAUUGGUAAUGAACAUGUCAUAUCGAACGAUGAUAUUCUCACUUGUGGUACUCUGGCUGAUUGUUUGGGUUCCAAACAAAGUACUGUCCUCAACCAAUAGACCACCAUCAUCGAUCCAACAACAAGCUCAUCAUCCUCCUACUUCUCCUCAUCCUGCCAUGCACACUCAAUCACUUGACCAACACAAUCGACAACAAGAUAUGAAUAAUAGUCUUGUUCGUUACUAA